CACACCGAGAGUGCCGCGUGUGUCUCUCCACCCGAGCGCGGCUCCCUGCGUCGCGAGUCCGCGCAGUAGCGUGCUGCUCUGUGCAACACAUACGCCCGAAAUCAUCGCGUGCACCGAAACGCGUCUUCUGCUACAUCCAGCACACGUGUCCAGCAGCGGACUGCGCUCCACUUUCAUUGACUGUUACUACUGGCCUGGCUCUACGCGUCGAUGGUUCCAGCGAAGGAUCGCCAGCGUCGUCGGUAAAGCAUCCGCUAUCGUCGUCAUCCGCGCACACAGCAGGUCGGAAGCAAGAGCGAAGCACGUUUUUAGCGGCUGUCGUCUGCAUCGGAGACAGUCUCGCGCACGCACACAGCCGCAGCGCCGAGCGAGAGUCAUCCCCCCACCAGGAGAAACGGGCGCCACUCGUCCCCCGCCGCUUUUUGCUCGGUGCCCCCACUCUUCCAGCUCGCCGCCGUCGCCGCCGCCGCCGCCGCUCGGCGGCGACACACUCACACGCGCGCGCGCAGCUGUGUGCGCCGCAGUACAGAAAGAAGAACGGGGGACAGGGAGAGAGAGAGAAAGAGAGAGAGAGCGCGCGUAUACGAGCUGUGCAAGAGUGCGAGAGAGAGAGAGAGAGAGAGAGAGAGAGAGAGAGAGGCCGGACUGGAUUCCGUCGAAAAGAAACGACGUUUCGGAGGACGAUAGUCGUGACCGAUCAUAGCUGGCGCGCCGAUCGGAGAUCUGGCUGCUCUGCGCUCCGCCGGCUCUUCUCGCUGCUGCAUCUGUGUGUCGUCUCUUCGUGCCACGCGCCCGCGCUCAAGUUUUACCGUGUAUCCUCGUACUCGACGUCGUCGCUACGAGCUGUAAUACACGCGCGCUGUGUUUUACUCAUCAGAGACUGACUCCACCCGAGUACUCGUGCACUGCACCCAACGCAGCCCCGAGUUCUCGCGCGCUGUGCAUCGCCGUCGGCCAAGUGACUCGCGUGUGUUGCCUCUACAUGAUUGUAUUUUUUUGUUCGGAGUUCGGAUACCGUGUAACAGUGACUAUCUGACGCAUCGCAGGAUUCAAGGUCGCGAGCCUGCGUGGGAUAAUCGCGAGAGUGUCCUGUAACCGUGAGCUCGUCUCUGACGUCGUCCUCUGCCUCGCCGGUCUCCGGUCUGCUGAGCAGCGCCUCCGCGACCCCCGGCAGUACGACCUCGGGCGGCACCACGACAGCCCACCACCAAGCCCCACAGCAGCCGCACCAUCCGCUCGGUGUGAGAAUGGCUGUGACCAGCGCAGUGGUGCGACCACCAGGUGGCAGUCCGACGGCCGUCGCCUCGGUCAGCCCGGCCUCGCAGACUUCGGGUGGACCACCGACGGCACCGCAACCCGCCAGUUCCGGACCCACACCCGGACGAUGCUGUGAUACCGGCAGACCCAUAUUCACCGAUCCCAUAACCGGACAGACCGUCUGCUCCUGCCAGUACGAGCUGCUCGGAGGUUACCAGAGGCUCGGUGCUCUGCCGACCGCAGCGCUAUCAAUGUACAGCGCCCCCUAUGCAGCGGCUGCGGCUGCCGCUGCGAGCGAGGGUAUGGCGGCGUACUUUCCCGGUUUGGGUGCGGAGCAGGCGCCGUUUUACACGCCUACGGCUGCUGGUCUAGAUCUUAAGGAAAACCUCGGUGCUGGAGCGGCCGCGGCAUGGCCCUAUCCAUCGGUUUACCACCCCUACGACGCUGCGUUUGCGAGCUAUCCGUUCAAUGGCUACGGCAUGGACCUGAACGGAGCGAGGCGAAAAAACGCUACGCGCGAGACGACGAGCACGCUCAAGGCCUGGCUGAACGAGCACAAGAAGAAUCCCUACCCCACCAAAGGCGAGAAGAUCAUGCUGGCGAUCAUCACGAAGAUGACGCUGACGCAGGUCUCCACGUGGUUCGCCAACGCGAGGCGACGACUGAAAAAGGAGAACAAAAUGACCUGGGAGCCGAGGAAUAGGGUAGAGGACGAGGACAACAACAACGACGACGACGAUAGCGGCAGGAAGAGCGUCGACGAGAAAGACCGUUUGGACUCGAAAGACUCCGGUACUGGCUCGAGCGAAGACGGUGACCGAGGCACGUCAGAUCGGCACCGUCUGGAUCUCCUGCACGGCGGAGGUGUCGGCGGACCAGGUGGCGCUGGACGCGCGGAGAGCGAGUGGAGCGAGUCCCGGGCGGACAGCGGCCCCGACAGUCCCGAGUGCUUGUACGACCAGCGGGAACCGCCGAGCAGGCACCACCAUCCGACGCUUCAGCUGCAGCACCACCCGGCGUUCAUGGCCGCCGCCGCGGCUGCCUCCCCCCACCACCACGCCCGGCUCAUGCAGCGCCACCCCUCGCCGGAGAACACGUCGCCCGGUGCCCACCAUCUGCACCACCCGGGCGUGAUACCCUCAAGCACGAGCACCUCCGCGACGACGGCCAGCGCCACCACCAAGCCUCGAAUUUGGUCCCUCGCGGACAUGGCCAGCAAGGACGGUGACCAGCCGAGCCCGAACUCCAACAUCCUCGGCUCGCCGUACAACUCCAACAGCGGUGGAAACGGUGGCGGUAAGAUCGUGAGUCCGCUGGCAAGCAGACUGCCGCCGCAUCACCCUCUUCACCCUGCCAUGCAUCCAGGCAGCCAGUUCGUCAGGCCCCACCCGGACUUUUACCGAAACUUCUACGGUGGACCCCAUCUCGGCAGCGGCGACAUGUCCCUGCUCGAGACGUAUCAGAGGACUCUGGGAGGACUCGGAGGAGUGAUGCCACCCACGAGCGCACCCGGAAUCCUGGCCUCCUCUUCGGCCUCGUCGACGUCGGCAAACUUGAAGUCACACUUCUCCAUCAACGGCUCGGGAGCCGGCGCUGGUCCCGGAGGGCCAUCCGUACUGCUGACGACGGCGUCCUCCGGCGUCUCACCGUCCGCCUCGUCCACGGCGUCGUCGAACGGCUCGGAUCAGUCGCCCGGCGGUGGACUAGCGCCGUCGGAACUCAAGUCUCCCGGACGCGUCUGAUCGGGAUCGUAGGCCAAGACGGUAAGGAGGCGUCGCUGACGCGUAGCGGAUUGCGUGGCUGACAAUAAACACAAUUGAGUAAAUAAGGAAACAAAGACUUGUAAUUAGUGUACAAAGCGAUGUAACGAGAUACACAGAUACACACCCACACACACGUAUGCGUGAUCGUUGAGAAUGGGUCGAGCGAGUUAUCAUCUAUCUCACGCUCCACCUGACGCGGAUCUUUUCGUGUAUACUGAUUGAUUGUUCGUUUGACGUGCUAUGUCUCUCUGCAAGAGGGGGGAGUGUUGCUAGAAAUGGUUUCGGGGCGGUUGGUCGUUUCGUUAGUUAAUUAUCCCUUAUGUUCUGGCUUGAGAGGUUGCACGACCUGUCAAAAUUCUUCUUUUGUCCUUCUGUCGAGUUUCCCGUAGUCGAAAUUGUCGGAUGUUUUCGAGUUUAAAUAUUCAGUAUUAACUGCUCGUGCAACUUCUCAAGCGGCGUCCAAGGCGUCCGAGGCUGACGCCGCUGGCGCACCAACCGAAUCCUCCCCGAAUCUAGCCCUGUACUGUUCGAGUCUUCGCCGCUUUUGAAGAAACUCGAGACGGUUUUUUCGAAUACGCGUUGGAAUCAGCUCGUGCGCGCGUAUGGAUCAACGGAAAUCGUUUCAUAGAGGCCGUUGAUAAGUUGCGCAACAGGGAAAACGAAGGUGGGGCCAGAUGAUAACGAAUAUGAUGAUGGAAUAUCUGAUUAUCCGUAGCUACAGUUAAAUCACGAUAAAUAUUCUCUAUAGGUGAAACCAUAUAAAUAUUAUAAAUAAAUAAAUAUAUAAUAAUUAUUGAUAUUAUUUAUGCGUUUGUAAAUAGUAGUCAAAGAAUGGAAUAAAAGAAAAACACACGAUGAAAAACUCUCGGUCCGGCUCGUGCGCCCGGACGCGGUGUAUGUAUUGUAUGUAGAGUAGGCACAUUAUGAACGAUUAUAACAAUUAUUAUGAUAUCCGAUGAUGAUGAUGAAAACGAAAUACAAGAAAAAAAAUUCAUAAUUCAUACUAACGACGAUCAAGGCGAUGAUUAUUAUGAUGACGACAGCGACUCGUAUAUACACACGGACACACGCGCGACACAUUACGAUUGCAAAGAGCGUCUUUAUUAUUACCUUUAUUAUUAUUAAUAUAUUAUUAUAUUAUUGUUAUUGCGAUGUUUAUACGAUGUAAUUAACCGAUUAGUGAGACACGAUGUAUAUGCGCUUGCGAAAGAACGAAAACAUACACACACAUGCGUACACAUUCGACACGACGAAUUGCGAGCCGCGCGAAUCCAAAACAGCAACAAUCAAUCUCCAAAUUCCACCUCCAUUCUUCCACACGUAACAUCCUAAACUCCACCCUCCAUCACAAACGCAAGCUCUACUCUCUCUUUCUCCUAGCCAGUCGUUUUAUCGCGAUCGCUCGCGAUAGCUGAAAUAAUCGCGUCUUUCCGUUCCGAUAGAGAAGCGCUUGCGCUCUCGCAAUCUGUCCCAAUUAAUCGUACUUCCCGUUGCGUCCCGCCUUCCUAACGUUUCUAUAUAUAUACACACGCACACGCACACACACACACACACACAGCCAUAGCCAUUGCGGCGAACUACUCUCCGACUGGAUUUCGCGCUCUCUCGGCGGCCUUUUGUACUUGGCAAGGAAGCCGUGACGCAACGGACACACACUUACACACGUAUACUCGGUACAUAUCAUCGGUCAUGUCGUCGUGGUGAAUAAUCGCCAUCACCUUAUAGUCAUUCGUGUCCAAAACUUCAUCGUGCGCCCGGCGGCUGCGGAUGUACGCAGUGUGUAUGGAUGAGACUGAGUGUGAGCGAGAGAGAGAGAGAGAGAGAGAGAGAGAGAGAGAGAGAGAGAGAGAGAGAGAGAGAGAGAGUUGCGGGUAGCUGCGAGUCUGCGUGCUGCCACAUUGGCAGGGACCUGCUACUACCGCGACGUGUAGUAUUUAUGUUGCGAUGCUGGGAAGAAACGAGCGUACGUCGGGCGGCGGGCCCAUGUGUCCUUUUCGCAAUAAACGAAAUCAUUACGAAAUCUA